GUUCAGCGAAUCAGAUCGCUUCGUCUCGUCGCUCAGCCCGCCAUUUAAAAAAAAAGGCUUGAAUUUUUCCUUCUUCGGUUCAACUCGCCUUAUCUCGUUUCACAUGUAACCGCGUUUCUUUUUCCAACGUUCGUUAUUUAUUCGCACGUUCAUUAAUCGUCGGCUCGCAGCGACCGCGUCAAUGACGUCCACGUCGACAAAAGUCGGUGAGAUCUUCUCAGCGGCAGGAGCGGCGUUCUCAAAGUUGGGCGAACUCACCAUGCAGCUGCACCCCGUGGCAGACACAUCGCCUUCGGGCACCAAGUGGACCGAGGAAGAGAUGAGGUUGCUGCACUCUGCCGUGAAGAGGUUUGGGGAGGACCUCAACAACAUCAGCAGAAUAAUCAAGGACAGGACUGUGGCCCAGAUUAAGUCAACGCUCAAGCGCAAGUCCUACGAGGAGACGGGGUUGCCCCUGCCCACCGAGUCGCCCAAGAAGUCGCCCAAGAAGGCGGCCGGGGGCACCGGCUCUGCGGCGUCGGCCGCGGGCAGUGCCACGGGCUCCAGCGCACUCAGCGCCGCACACCGGCUCGCUGAGGCCGCAGGAAUCAAGAAACAGAAAACCUCAUCUGACGUGACGCUGAGCGCCCUGAACGACACGGACGCGGGGGCGGAGCUCGUGGACAUCGAAGGCCUGGGCGACUCUUCGCCCGUCAAGAAGCUCGACUUUGAGCAAGACAACUUGUCCCUGGACCCGAACCAGCUCAUCAUCAAUCCAGGAGAGAUGCUGCCUCGAUAGCCACUCCCCUUUGUUUGUAAAAAAAAAAAUCCACAAAAGCAAAAUGUAAUUUCGAGUUGCCCUAUCAGCAUUUUUUUUUAUCUAUAAGAAAACAAAAUACCAAUCUUUAAACCGACUUCUCACAGCGCGUAGAGAGUUUGACGGUUUAAGCCUGGUCACCGAUGACCACACGGUCCGUUAAGUAUGGUUUUAUCAUUUAAUUGGGCUUAACUCGGCUCUAAGAACUAAACAAAAAGUGUGGUUUGAUUGCCAUGCGACGAACAUCCUUCGUGGCGGGUUGGAAUAUCACGAGACGUGCUACCUAAGUGUAAAUAAGAUGUUUAUCAAAUACUCCUUUUCCGCUGACACACGCUGGCUCUAAUGCGGGGUGGGGGGGGGGGAACCCUUGCAGUAUGGGUGGAUCUCCGCCAGCUAUCUGCCAGCUACGAGUCAAAACUAAACCUUAAAGACGCAGGCCUCCCGAAAAGCAUCCGAAUCUGGCUUGGAGAGGGCCGAGCUGAGCCAGCUGCAGAGUGUUGCUCCGUUGUAUCACAUGGCGCGUGACGUCGGCGGCAUGGCUCGGGAUCUGCAGUGGGGAAAGAAAUACAACAGUCGUGUCACCUGAGCCAAGGCUGGACUGGCUCGGCACGGCCCCGACCGACGUUCUGGGUGUGCAGUGGAAAAAAAAGAUUUUAACGUUGACUUAACAAGUAGCGCUGCGAUGCCAUCCACCCAGUGGUGUGUCGCUGGCAAAAGAAACGCGAGGACUGUUUCCGCCGCGAGGUGUAUCCGAUGGAAAUGUCCUCUGCUCGUGGCACUAUUGCCAGCAAUGUAAUUACGGACAAAAUUGAGGAAUAAAAGCUUCUUUUUUUUUUAAUUGGCACGGUGUUGCAACCGUUUUAAAAUUCCAGCGAUGGCCGACGAUGUAACCACGCGCCUCGUCUUGCCCCCAACUCUUUGGCUUCACUCUCCACGCUCGGCAUCUCGAGGUUUGCGCGUGGAUUUGGACGGCGUUUGAAUCCGCGACACGUCACGCCGAGUGUUCCACGGAGCUGCUGUUUGUUGCAGGCUUCGGCCGUGUGGCGCCGACGUGCGCACGUUCCCACAGCGAGUUUGCAGCGGCGCUCCCCGGGGGCUACGUUCGUCACGGCUUCCCGCGCAAUGCGUUUCCGAGUUUUCGCUAAAGAUGCAAAUGGAGUCGUUUUCACACACCGCACUUGCCUGAUGAUUGCUAAUCGUCCCCACGUGACAGAAAGCACCGAUUUAAAAUUAAGAUCGCUCUGCGUCACCUGAAACUCGCACAGCUGCACAAGAUCUCUGCGUUUGUGCACGAGUUUGUUAUUGUUUCCUUUUCCAAUGCUGCCCCGUAUUAAUUGCUCUUUUUUAUUACCAUACAGUCCAGAUUAUUUAAGUAGAAAGUAGGGGUGUGUUUUAUCUCUGGAAUGCAUUCUACGCUAGAAUGUGUCUUGUUCGAGCUCAGAAUAACCUUCCCGAUGACAUCGCUUCCCAAUUUUAAAGCGGCGAGUUCAUAAUCACCUUCUGGAAAUUGGCCGUAGUACCUGGGAUUCUCCAUCCACGUAUUUAGUCAUUUGUUUCCUGUUUUUCCUUGGAUGUCAUUUAUUUGGGGGAAAAAAACACAUGUUCACAAUGACCCCAAAAGGUGGCGGGGUGUGGGGGUUCAUCGUACUCUCUGGAGUGGCCUAUAAUCCUGAGAAGACAAGUACCGCUCUCCGUCUAAGGUUGUUACAGCCAUGACGGGGAGUAGGGGGGGGGGGGGCACGAGAACUAUCGUUAAGGUUAUUCAACGCGAGUGUAAGACUUUAGUCUUAAGUUAUGUUGCAAUCAGGGACUCGUCCUAUAUUGAAACACGAGGUCAAUUCAUCAAAGCAGAGAGAGAAAAAAAAAUCGGCUUUUGAAAAUGUAUUUUCGCUGACAAGCUACCCUAUAAGCUUCUCGAGUGCUUAUUAAAGUCUUUGGAAGACAACGGGUCGUGUAAGUGUUACAUAAUCCAGCGUAUGCACCAUUUUUUUUUCUCUCCAACUUUUCUGUUUUUCAACUCGGCCAUCUUGUUCCUUUCCGAGCUCUGCGCUUUAUAUUUAAUGGAAAGUGUUCGCCACUGCCAUGCUUUCCUACUUGCGUGACGAUUAAAUGCAAAUCCUUAACCUUCAUUUGAAUCGGUGCUCUCGCUGCAUCACGCGAGACCUGUUUUCACAGUCACCACGACGUGUGUGGCCUGCAACGAACGUAAAUCGUUUCUUUUUUUUUUAAAGGAGGUAAACUUUGGAAGGGCUUGCUGUGGUUGGCCGCGAGGACUGGAGGUUGGGACACUCGGCGUUGCAUUGUUGUGUGUACACUACACCGCAGUGCGAUGGAACGGACUUCGAUGACAAGGUUAGGAUAAACUUAAACUCCUUUAAUGCCCCAUCGCGUUAUUUUGUCUAUCGUCGAUGACGGCCCAGUCGGUCUCGACGUGAUGGGAAAAAAAUUGUACGUGUCUAACCAGUGCGUUUUAAUUCUCUUGUAUUUAUACCAACGAUUAAACGUGAAUAUCUUCACUUUUUUUGAA